AUGAGUGAACAUGCAUAUACGCAUAUGGAAGAACAGUUGUUCCUGUGCCCUCACUGCGAGCUGGGUCACCAGUCUCGCGAAAUUGUCAUGCGGCACAUUCGUGAAUUGCACGAUUCUGAAGAUCGACCUGUCGAUAACCGACUAAAACAUGCGAAAGAUAUCAAGGCAAUGAUUCGUGAAUGCUAUCCUGCGUAUUUCGUCGAUGCACCGAUUCCAACGCAGCAGGAUAUUGAGAAAUUAAAACAGCACAUGGGUGAUACCGCGUCAUCAAUCAUAGCUGGACUGGAUGACGACCCCAGUGAUGGUGUUGAGGACGAAGAGGUUGCAGAUUACGAGGAUGAUUCGGCUUCGGAACCGAAACUUGUCCUUGACGAAGACGCAGGCCUUGAACUUGAACAAGAGGACGAAGAAGAUCCCGGUGAAGAGGAAUAUGCCGCUGAGUGA